AUGUUGUGGUAUUUACCAUGGUCUGAAAAUAUAAAAAAAAGAGCCUGCAGGUAUUUACUGCAACGUUAUCUCGGUAAUUUCCUUGAAGAGAAACUGACUUUGGAUCAGCUGAGUGUAAACCUAUACAAUGGCACUGGAACGGUCUGCGAUGUUAGCCUUGAUUGCGAUGCACUCAAUGAACUGGGAGAUACACAGAACUGGCCACUGGAGAUAGUAGAUGGUUAUAUGAAAGAAAUCACAGUCACAAUUCCAUGGUCUACCCUCUUCAAAGAUGACUCCGUUGUCAAAGUUAAUGGUCUUUCCAUUACUGUACAACCCAAAGUACGGUCUGAGCCAGUGCCCUCAAUGCUGGAUUCGAUGUGGUCAUCCAUGUCUUCAUCUAUGCAGCUGGCGGCAGAGUGCCUCAAAGAAGAGGACGGACCGCAAGAAUCCAACCCUGUGGAGGGAAUAGAAAUGUUUGCACAUGCCAUUGAUUCAAUUUUAAGCCGAGUAAAAGUGAAAUUUGAAAAUACAAUAAUAAGAAUAGAGCAUGUGCCUAAAAAUGGCGACCGAGGCAUCGCACUGGAGGUACACAUUGAUAAGAUCGAUUACUUUGAUGAGGCGGGCUCAGAACCAACACCUGACAUCACCAACCCAGAAAAAACAAAAACAUACAUAGAAGCUACCUACACUAACAAAAAAAUAAAAUUCGAAGGAGUCACCUUAUACACAGAUGAAUUUCCAUCCAAGCUGCGAACGAUGGCCCGGAGUCUCAUCAUGGAAAAAUCCAUGUCAUCGCAAGGGGGUAAGACGGACAGCCAAGUCGAAACCCCGGACAUGAAUUUCCAGAGUACAAUUUCCGACGUAUUCUAUGAGACAAGAAGUGUUAUUUCAACUAUAGAGCCAGAACCAGUCAAAGAGACUAUUCCUGAGGUCAAAAGUCAAACAGAAACCAGAGAAUUAACACCUGAUGAAAAGGUCAACCAACCGGAUCCUAUACUGUUCGCUAAAGUGACCGGAGAGCAAGAACUGACGCUAAAGUUAAAACAUACAGAUGAAGUUGAAGGACCAAGAGUUGAAGUCAAGAUGUUGUUCGGUUCUUUUGUUAUAUUUAUAACACCAAGGCAACUGCAUACGUUGACGGAACUCAUCGACGCUCUGAAUCAACCGCAUUUGGAAGACACGAGCAAUUUACCCAUGCGACCAUCCGGUCUGAACAUGCAAUGUAAACCGAUGGGGCAGGCUGACUUCCAACUGAUAGAGGCUCAGCUGUUAGGCAACUUUGAGAGACAAAGCUCAAAACCGACUAGCAAGCAUGGGUGGUCUGGGCCCAGUUACGAAGAUAGCGACGCUGACAACGAGAAGUUUUUACCAAUGACGUCACCUGGAAAUCAAAUGUCCGAAAGUUUCUCAUCAUCAGUGAGCUCGAUGAGCGCCAGCAUGACGUCAAGCGUCAAUACAUCGACCGCAGCACCCAGGAUUAAAAGAAAUAAAAAAGUUCCUCGCAUAGAUGGUGAUCCUACUGCAGAGGUUUCACAUGUGUGUUUAAGAAUUGCCUCUGUCUCAUGUGUUUUAGUACAUAAGGAUAUUCUAGUCCCCAAUCUUAUGGGAUCCGACUGUAUAUCGCCAUCGACUGUUGCGAAAAUGCACGAGGUUUCAAACCAGUUCUAUAAGAAUUUGGAACCGUUCUCUGUUAUUGAUGACUUCAGUGCAGUCAAUGAAAUCCUCGACAGGACUACCGAAAAGAACCAUUUGAGAAUUCUAACGUCAGAGAUAGCGAUUGACGGUAGCGAGAAAGUGACGUCACACGGUAGUCAGACAAUGUGCGAAGCGUCCGUGCGGCACUUGCUGGUGCGCGAGUGUUUGUACUACAGCGAGGACGGAACGGAACAUGUAGAGCCGCACGGGUUCGACUUGAUACGCUUCGAGGCUAAAGAGGAUGAAGACGUUUCUAGUCGACAGUCCGCGAGUUCGCGACCGAACUUGCGGGUGAGCUUCAAACAGACCUCGAAGUACGUGCGCAUGUCAAGCGAGAAGAAGCUGUUGUAUCCUACCACUGAUAUUGUUAUAAAAUGCAUGCCGUUCCAUUUGGACGUGGAGCUUACCGUGGUGGAUCGCAUGUCCGCUACGUUCUUCGGCGGCGCGGCGUCGUCUCCGCGCCCGGCCAGCGCGCCCGUCUCCGCGCAGAACCAGCUCAACGUCGCGCUGCACUGUCCCAACCUCAGCACUGUGCUUAGGUUCCCAAUAGCGGAUCUCCGUCAGGGUGUGAACCGCGAAUCCAGACGAGUGCGGCCCGACUACCUGGUGUUCAAGUUCCAGAACGCAACGCUGAGCUCGCAGCAGACGCCGAGCGUGCGCCCGCUGCCGACCGCUGUCAGCGUUCGCUCUACUGUCUUAGACUUAUAUUAUUAUGAGAACGAAACAUUCCCCGGCACGCACAUAGCUCGGAGCACGAUGGACGACAACGUGCCUGAAGGUAACAUACUGAGCGGAAACGACACGACUACUGCGUUGCCCACCAUAUCGAUCACGUUCAAGCCUCGUUCAAACUCGAAGGGCCCAUUCGACAACUUGACAGACGACUCUUCUAACUUCGAGCCAGCCGCAGGCAAUCCUAUGACAACAUCUAUGUAUAUGAUGAAAAAUCUCACGGCCGACCAGCCGAGUCCAUUUAGCAGCAAGAAGCAAGCGCAUCAAAGCAUUAAUGAUCACGGCGGUCAACCACAAGGUCGUGAAGAGGAGAUAAUAAUGCCCGGUAACAAAGAAGAGAUGUCCGAGUUCACGGCCAGUGCCAUAGAGUUGUCAGGUGUUCACCUGGAGUUUAUGCUACCCAUACUCAGCUUACAAUUAGAAUCGAAACAAUUAUACGAAAUAAUAUAUAACCGAAUCAAUUCGGAUCUAUUGCUGUGGGAACCGCAUAUUACACAGGAGUAUGACAUCAGCCCCCUCGCCUCUGACCCCAUCAAUCCUGUCUUCGGCGCUUUCAAAGGUUACGAUUCGGACAACGAGAGCACAUCAUCAGAAGAAGAAAACAACCUUUAUUAUUCCACUUAUGACAACAAAUUUCGCAAAGGUGUAGGGUCCAGCCACCCUACGGAGGAGAGUGACAUGCACAACUUCUGUCUCACACUUAAAGUUGGGAAGGGACUCUUGACCAUCUACACGCCUGUUAGGGACAGCAAUAAACGAGUGGUGCCGGGUCAGAUGGGUGAGCUGGUGCUAGAAGCGCACAGCUUAUCACUGUGUCAAGUCAGUGGGCUCAGUGGAAUACCCAAAACAGCGCGACUUUGUUUGCGAUCCAAGAAAACUAUCCUGUAUCAUGAAUCUACGUUAACCAUUCCUUCAGAGAAACCUCCACUGAGGCAGUAUGGGUGCAUUCUACCCUCACACCUCAAGAGUACUAUCCACCCCUCAGGCAAAGGAGUUAUCAUAAAGGAUCGGCUGGAGAAGAAAGACAUGUUCACACUAGCUCUCAAGGUGGACCCAGACCCAGAAACGAGUAAUCUGAAGACGAUCCGCAUAGCGUUAGGAAUAGAGCAAGCGACGCUCCGCUACAGAGGCGACAAGGGCAUCGCGUGGCUCACACAGCUGAUGGAUGUGAUCGACGUCAUCGACUACCCUGUGCAGGGGUACACGCCCAGCACCGUGCUCUCAGAACUGCACGUUCACGUUAUUGACUGUGCCGUUGAUUAUAGACCCCUUUACCUACCUAUACGGACGGUCCUGACACUCGGCAACUUCAGUGUAUCAAGCAACGUAAUCGCAGCUACCAACACUUCCUGCUUACGUUUCAUUGCGCAAGAGUGUACGUUGUUCCUUAUGCACCUGCACGGCACUAAGCCCGACAUGCCAGUACCUCAAGACAACGAUAAAGCACCCGACGUAAAUAAAAACUACGUCUGUGUAAUCGACCUAGGACUAUUUGAGCUGUCCCUGAGAAUGGCAGAUAAGACUAAUAAUACUCAGCAGUCAAACGAGAUGCCGCAAGUAGACCUGAGCGCGUCCAACAACAUGGUGACGCUGCACACGUGCUGGGACUCAGCGUCGGCGCUGUGCCGCCUGCUGACGUACGCGGCGUGCGACGGCGACUCGCAGUUGCCCUUCGACCGCUCCUCCAGGCACACGAGCAUAUGUUCCGACCAACCUAUAGAACAACUCGUCGGUCUAGAUGAUAAGCCUGUAGAAGAAAUAAGAGAACUUUCACCGAGUGAAAUACAGCAGGUCAACGAUCUUAUGGCUGAGGCAAUGAAGGAAAACACGAGUACUUCAACGGAGGAAGAUGACCUGAAUAGUUCGACAGAAAAGGAGGGUGUUGAAAUAUUCUUCUUUCCUGACGAAUCCAACAUGAGUCGACAGAGACUUCCAUCUGACAUCUUCGAAGAAUCAGAGUCGAAGACGUCGGAGACUGUUGAAAUACCUCCUGUUAUUGCUGACGAAUCGGCAGAAACCAAGCCAUUCGUGACUGCGCAGGUUGUAAUGGACUUGGGUGAUCCGACUUCCCCACCUAAGUCGACACCAAGAAAAAAAAGGAGAUCGACAAAAUCAAGCAGUGACGGCAACAACACGGACGACGAAUUUUGCUUCGUUGACGCUGAUACGGAUACGGAAGACAAGGACAACGAUAUUGAAGAACCUGUCGUCAAGUGGAUAGAGCUGGAGCCCGCGCCCAUGCUUGAUAAUCACUUCACCAUACCGGCGGCAAGAGCAGACGUACUCCAAGCACCAAAGAGUUUUCCUGCGCCGAUGUUAAGGUAUAAGUUGUGUGAAAUGAGUGUGACAUGGAACAUGUACGGCGGCAAUGACUUCCGACCGGCGAGUGAGCCGACUCCUGCUAAGAAGACUGUCACUAUUGAGGGUGAUGGUAAAAAACAAGGCUCUCCUACUACGCCCAAACGCAACAAGGAUUACGAGCCGUACGAGAGCGCGCGCGCGGGCGCGUCGGCGUACCGCGCGGGCGGCGUGCGCUGGGCGCCCGGCAGCGAGCGCGUGCGCCCCGGCCGCCCGCGCCCGCCCCGCGACCUGCGCACGCGCGGCGGGGCCCAGCGCGACCACGACACCAAGGUGCAGCUGUGCCUCACUAAGGUGAAGUUCAUUCACGAGGUGUACCCAUCGGGAGACAAGCACGCCUCCCGUCAGACGCUGGCUAUCACCAACAUAGAGGUGAUAGACCAGUUGGUUUGCAGCGACAUCAACAAGCUCCUGAGUGAGUACAAGCUUAAGGAUGAGCCGGAGAGGAAAAACACACAUAUGUUAAUCGUUAAAGCAGUUCACUUACGACCAGACCCGACACUUUCGGCUCAAGAGUGCUGUUUGAAAGUGUCAAUACUGCCGCUGUGGUUCAAUCUGGACCAGGACACCCUCGCCUUCCUCGUCGGAUACUUUUCCAAACUUGGGUCCGAUGAGUCUUAUGACGAUGAUUCAAAAAGUUUAGGAGGCUUGUCGAGCGAUUCCAGCGGGUCACGCCAAACCACACCCACACACCGACCUCCAGUAAUGAGCAUUGCGACCCACCUCAAGGACCCGCCGCCCACACCCACGUCACUGGGCGAUGUUGACUCACUCAAUGAAAAUGUUCCCCGCAAUGAUGAACCAUUAAUGGAGACAUACGAAGCCGAGCGACUGGUAUCGGAAAACUUGAUACAGCUAGAAGAAGACUUUAACAAGCUGGGAACUCAGGAGAAACCGGCACCAAAGCAACCUGUUGACACUGAACACGUGGACGACUCACCAAUUUAUUUCAGGCGCAUAGUUUUCUCUCCUGACGUUCCUAUACGGUUGGAUUACGUGGGUAAACGCGUGGACCUAUCAGCUGGCCCUAUAGCUGGAUUACUCAUGGGACUUGGUCAACUAAAUUGUUCUGAAUUGACGCUCAAGAGGCUCGACUAUAAAUUAGGUUUACUUGGCUUGGAGAAGGUAAUACAAUGGGCUCUCCACGAAUGGCUGUCCGACAUCAAACGGCAUCAACUGCCGGGUCUGUUAAGCGGCAUUGGGCCCAUGCACUCCUUGUUGCAGAUAAUUACUGGCAUUCGCGAUCUGGUGUGGUUACCGGUGGAGCAGUGGCGUCGUGAUGGCAGACUGGUUCACGGCCUUCGUAGAGGCGCCGCGUCCUUCACCGCCAGAACGGCUGUGGCUGCACUCGAUAUCACCACCAGAUUAUUACAGCUUAUACAGGCUACAGCUGAAACGGCAUUCGACAUGUUAACCCCCGGGCCGACGAUACAGCUACAGGACACGUACGAGCGGCGCGAACGUAGACGGCGACGUAGGCACGACUCCGGGCGACACCCCGCCGACAUACGUGAGGGCGUCGCUAGCGCAUACCAAACUGUCAGAGAGGGGUUCGCGGACACGGCGGCGACUAUGGCCGCUGCGGCGCGCUGGCAGCACGGCGUGGGCGUGCUGCGGCACCUGCCGGGCGCGGCCGUGACGCCGCUGGCGCUGGCGGCGGCGGGCGCGGCGGACGUGCUGGGCGGCGUGCGCGCCUCGCUGGCGCCGCGCGACGAGCGCGACCACCACCACAAGUGGCGCACGCAGCCGCACCCCUCCGCCGAUAGAAUAGAUUAA